AUGGCAGAAGUGAACCUUACACUGGUAACUGAAUUCGUCCUUCUGGGACUGACGGAUCGUGCUGAACUGAAGGUCUUUCUCUUUGUGCUGUUCCUGCUGAUUUACGCCAUUUCCUUGGUGGGAAAUCUUGGGAUGCUUUUUCUGAUACAAGUAACUCCCAAACUCCACACACCCAUGUAUCAGUUUCUUAGUUGUCUGUCAUUUUUAGACGCUUGCUAUUCAUCAGUCUUUGCACCCAAAAUGCUCAUGAACUUCUUUGUUCAACGGGAAACCAUCUCAUUUUCUGCUUGCAUUGCACAAUAUUUUCUAUUUGUGGCGCUGCUUACCACUGAGGGUUUCUUGCUGUCAGCCAUGGCUUAUGAUCGUUAUGUAGCUAUUGUGAACCCCUUGCUUUAUACAGUGGCUAUGACUAAGAUGGUCUGUGUUGCACUUGUUUUGGGAUCAUGCAUGGGAGGUAUAAUCAACUCACUGACACAUACAAUCGGCUUAAUGAAACUGUCCUUCUGUGGGCCAAAUAUUAUCAGUCACUUUUUCUGUGACCUGCCCCCGUUGCUGAAGCUGUCAUGUUCUGACACAUCCCUGAAUGAACUGUUGCUAUUAAUCUUCUCUGGGAUAAUUGCUCUGAUCACUUUUCUGACUGUAAUGAUCUCCUACAUCUUCAUCGUCGCUGCUAUCCUGAAGAUGCGCUCAGCAGCCGGGAGACACAAAGCCUUCUCCACGUGUGCCUCACAUCUGACUGCGGUGACCUUGUUCUAUGGCUCCAUAAGCUUUAGUUAUAUUCAGCCAAGCUCCCAAUAUUCCUUAGAACAAGAGAAGGUGGUGUCUGUAUUUUACACACUGGUGAUUCCUAUGCUAAACCCGUUGAUUUACAGCCUACGAAACAAGGAAGUGAAGGAUGCUAUGAAAAGGGUUGUAGAAAUGAAACAUUGCCCCUGCUGA